AAAUAUAAUGACUUCGAAGGAUGGAUUGGGAGAGAAAACUGGAGACCUCGAUCAAGAGGAUGGGGUGACAGUGGUAGAUGCGGAUACCGACUCGAUCGCAAGUAAAAUGAAUGACUCGGUGACGAAAACCACGCCUAUAGAUAAGCAGCCUAUGUCUAUCCAUGAUCCAGGUUUUGGUAAGACUAUUUGAUAAGAGCAUCAUGAUGGUCAGAUUCAAUUGUAAUGCGCUCUGGUGCUCGAUGCAAAGAAUAGAAUAUCGAGCAUUUGCAACUGGUCGGGAUUCUUGGUACACAACUAUGUACCUUAGAUCGAAAGGAUAAGUAGCAGACACAAAAUAUUGUAGAUAAAGUUUCAAAAAGAC